AUGCGUGCUCGAACUUAUAAAGAUGCCAUAGCCGCAUUGAACACUCUUCAGAGCAACUUUGCAUCCAUAGAAGCGACUAGAAAACUUGGACCCAACGUCAAUAAGAAUGAGCUUCUGAUCAAGGAAGUCUACGAAUACACAAGGCGGUUGGGGUACCUGCCUCUGGACUUUAACAAGUUGAACGUUAUCCAUAUCACGGGAACAAAGGGUAAGGGGUCAACUGCUGCUUUUACAGAGUCUAUCUUGAGAAAAUACAUUGAUGAUGGAACUAGUAGUACUGCUGUUAAUAGCGCAGCUCAUACUAAUGCUACUAGCAGUGGAUCUUCAUCUCGCACUGGUCCCAAGUCUUCUAUUCAUAAGAUUGGGUUGUAUACAUCGCCUCACUUGAAGUCGGUCAGAGAAAGAAUCAGAAUCAACGGUAACCCCAUCAACGAAUUGAAGUUUCUGAAGUACUUUUUUGAAGUCUGGGAUAAAUUGUCUGCUACCCAAAGUGACCCCACCGACUUCCCAACACUACAACCAUCUGAUUUGGUUAAGCCAAUGUAUUUCAAGUACUUGACGAUUUUAUCUUUCCACGUGUUCAUGCUGGAGGGUGUUGAUACUGCAAUCUAUGAGGUUGGUGUUGGGGGCACUUACGACUCCACUAAUAUCAUUGAGAAACCAACUGUGACAGGUAUUCUGUCCUUAGGGAUUGACCAUACAUUCAUGUUGGGGAAUACCGUAGAGUCUAUCACUGAGAACAAAACGGGUAUCUUCAAGCGUGGGUGUCCCGCAGUGGUCUCGGACCAAAGGGAGUACCCACAGACAAUCCCACUUAUUCAAUCAAGAGCUAAGGAAUUGGGUGUUUCUCAAUUGGAUAUUGUCCAUGGAGACACUGCACUUCCUCCUAAGAUUAAGCUUGGUUUGGCUGGUGAUUUCCAAAGGCAAAACGCUGCGUUGGCCGUACAACUUGCCGGAGUUCAUUUAAAGCAAUUGGGGUUCAAACCAACCGAUUUACCUGAACUUGAAAACGGGGUGUUUGUUCUGAUUCCAGACAAUUUUUUGACGGGCUUAGAAGAAACUAGAUGGAACGGUAGAUGUCAAGUGAUUGAACUGAAACCAGAGUUUGAAAGAAUUAAUUGGUAUAUUGAUGGUGCUCAUACUAUGGAAUCUAUAAAUGUCGCAUCUCAAUGGUUUACUCAACAAACAACAGGUACAACCAGUGCAACCAAAAAGAAAGCCAAUAAUUUAAGAGUACUUUUGUUCAACCAACAAGGUAGAGAAAAUGCUACUGCCCUUUUAACCAAGCUCCAUCAAAUAAUCAAUGCUCCCGGUGGGAAGAAAUUUGACCAUGCUAUUUUCUCAACCAAUGUCACAUGGUCCGAUGGGAAUUACUCUGCUGAUUUGGUAUCAAUGAACAGUUCCAAAGAUGUUGUUGAUAGACUUGUGGUCCAAAAGGAAUUUGCAGAGUGUUGGAAUAAAUUAGAUCAACAACAGGGGUUGCAAACCAGGAAACACAUUUUCCAUGAUAUUGAAACCAGUGUUAACUAUAUUAAAUCAUUAACAGAUUCACUUCCUUCUACCCGAGAAGUUGAUGUUUUUGUUUGUGGAUCUUUGCAUUUGGUUGGAGGAUUCCUUGUUGUUCUUGACAAUGAUAGAGAUUAA